ACAUCAUAUCUCUAGCACCAAUUAUUUAUCGUUAACAAUUCAUCAACAGUUAUGUUAUAAUAAUCAAGCAAUGUGAAUUUAAAUCAUUAUACGAAGAUUCGUAUGCAAGAACAUUUGGAAUAUGUCCCUUGUCACCCCUUUCCCUGGCGCCGUCAUUGUAUGGAUACGGACUGUACAGUGCGCUGCAGAUUGCGUUGAAUUAGCUGUUUGGUGUUGCCCUACAGUUUGGAGGCCAUCCCCACACGUUCUGUAUAACGGAACGAUAUUGCAGUAUCCUUUGUUUUCCUUCGCUGGGUAUCAAGAUCUGCUGCCUCCAGUCGGGCGAACAAAGGAGGGGAGAAGAGGCUGAUCCUUCCCACAAUCCUUCAGUCACUGGGCCUACUGAUCCGGACCACUGCUCUGCCUUCUCACUCCCCUCUCCCCCCCACCCUAAGGCAGGCAAGCUGUGGGGCAGUAGGAUCAGGGCAGCAGUAAGGGCUGAUUGAUGCUCUGUGGGGAUGAGACCUGGCUGCUGAAGGCCAGUGGAGACGGCUCCCAUUCUCCGCUCGCCUGGCUUUAUGUGCGUGUCUGCAGGCUGCCCUACGCGCAGCAGCAGCAGAGCCACCCCCCACGUCAGCCACGGUGGCCACCCCGAGCCAUCCAGACAUGCCCACCGAGACCCUGCCGUCGCUGGCAGAUAGCAAACCCACCGGGCCUGGGGCAGCCUUUGUCUCCACUGUCCCCCUGCGCAUACUCAACAAGGGACCCGAGUACUUCCGGCGCCAGGUGGAAACCAACCCUAAGCGGCUGAGCGCCGUGGAGCGGUUGGAGGCGGACAAGUCCAAGUACGUGAAGAGCCAGGAGGUCAUCAACACCAAGCAGGAGCCUGUCAAGCCCCAGCUGCUGGCCAAGCCACCUGUCUGCCCCGCCGUGGCCAAGAGAGGGGCGAAUGGUGGCGGUUGUGGUGGGGUGGCCCUCAAGACAUUCAAUAACAACUCCAAGUCGGACACGUGCGCCACCACCAGCAAACGGGAGAACCUUAACCUGGAGAUCCUCAAGAACCUCCUGAACAGCUCCGGCUCGGUCUCUGAGGGCCACGCUAAGAGCGCUACUCUAAAACCUGGGGCCAGGAGCUUGGCCCCCCACCGCUCCACCCCCACACCCACCACAGACUGCACUGAGCCCACCAGCCUCCGUUCCGUCGCCAAGUCCCUCAAGGUGCCUCCGCCUGCACCUGGCCGACAGAGCCCCCAGGGGGGGAACCUGAACCUCAGCCGCCGGCUGCUGGAGGAGCGGGGCGAGGGCAAUCACUCACCCCUCCAUGCCUCCCACAGCUCCUCCGACAUCCGCAGGCUGUGCAACGGUAAGCCUCUAAGGGCGGCCCGAAGCAGCAGCAGCAGCUCCGCACCUCCCUUACCCCCCAAGCCCAGUACCAAAGUCCUGGCCCCCCUCUGCGACAAUGCCCCUCAGUCGCCUGAGAGGGAGCCUCCGCCGCCCUCCUCUGCCACCCCAGAUGAGCAGUUGGAGCUAGAGUUGGGGAGCUCGUUGGCCCGCCGGCCCUCUCUGCACCGCUCCAAGUCGGACCUGAGCGACCGGUAUGCGCGGGCAGGCGCCGACGUGGAACGCUUCUUUAACUACUGUGGGCUGGACCCUGAGGAGCUGGAGAGCGUGGGUGUGGAGAGCUUUGCCCGCGCCAACUCCGACAUAAUCUCCCUCAACUUCCGCAGCGCUAGCAUGAUCAGCUCGGACUGUGACCAAUCACGGCAUAGCAACGAGGACAUGACGGACGAGGAGGAAGACGUGAGCGAACGCGUGCCGUACGGAAUCUCGGCCGUGGAACGAAACGCCCGCGUCAUCAAAUGGCUGUACAGCAUCAAACAGGCGCGCGAGUCGCAGAAAGUGUCUCAUGUCUAAAA